CUCAUCCCGAAGCCUGGACAACUCAUGUAUACACACAUCAACCAGGACAGCUGCAGCUUCAUCACCUGUAACCUCUUGUGUAUCGCAUUCUUUUUCUCUAUGCCUUGUUCUGUUCAAGCCUGCCAAGGAAGAUAUCUCCAUGCGCCUUCUACGAGUCGAAGCGAGCGAUGUUUUCAGUUUGGAGGAACACGUUGGAAGAAGCAUUCCACGAUAUGCCAUCCUUUCACAUACAUGGGGGGCGGAUUCUGAAGAGGUUACGUUCAGAGACCUAGUAGAAGGCAAAGGCAAAGACAAGACAGGUUAUCGUAAACUAGCCUUCUGUGGCAAGCAAGCUAAACUCGACGGCCUGCAAUACUUCUGGGUUGACACCUGCUGCAUUGACAAAACAAGCAGUGCAGAGCUUCAAGAGGCGAUCACCUCUAUGUUCCGCUGGUAUCAGAAUGCAGAGAAAUGCUACGUGUAUCUCUCUGAUGUUCCAUACCGUAUUUCCGAUGGGGACGACGAGCGCUUGCAGAGAUGGAAACCAGCAUUCAAGAAAAGCAGAUGGUUCACUCGUGGCUGGACGCUUCAAGAACUCGUUGCUCCAGCAUCAGUGGAAUUUUUCUCUAGCGAUGAACAGCGGCUUGGUAGCAAACAUUCACUAGAGGAAUCUCUCCACGAUAUAACUGGAAUUGCUAUCCAAGCGCUCCAAGGAACCCCUAUGCCUUACUUUGGUGUAGGUGAGCGAAUGUCGUGGGCAGAAAAACGUGAAACAAAACGCGAAGAAGACGCUGCAUACUCGUUGCUAGGCAUUUUCGACGUUUAUAUGCCGCUUAUCUAUGGCGAAGGGCGACAAAACGCGUUCAGUCGAUUGCGAAAAGAGAUCAGUGAUCUUACCUCCAUCAACCUGCCUAUCGCUAAAGGAGCUUCCUUCGACUCCCACAUGGAGGAGCAUAAUGCACGAUGUCUCCCAGAUACCCGCACUGAGUUACUAAAUCACAUAAAAGAAUGGGCGAACGAUAAAGAGGGCAAACCUAUAUUUUGGUUGAGUGGCAUGGCUGGUACGGGAAAAUCUACAAUUGCACGUACUGUGGCCCAAUCAUUUGCCUGUCAAGGGCAACUGGGUUCAAGCUUCUUCUUCAAGAAAGGCGAGGGCGAGCGCGGCAACGCUUCACGGUUUUUCACCACCAUCGCUGUAGGCUUGGUCGCCUGCGAACCAGGGAUGAUACCCGGUAUUAGAAACACAAUCGAUACUGAUUCGUCCAUCUCGGAAAAAGCACUGAUAGACCAAUUUGAGAAGCUAAUUCUGCACCCUCUCUCAGCCAUACCGAAGGUUCCCUCGCAGACAGCAGUACACGUUGUCGUCGUAGAUGCACUGGAUGAAUGUGAAAGGGAGGAAGACAUUCGAGCAAUUCUCCAGCUCCUUGCCCGGACUAAGGAGAUUCUGUCUGUGUCAUUGCGAAUCCUAGUGACCAGCAGACCAGAGCUCCCGAUUCGUCUUGGGUUUAAGCAAAUGCUAACCAGCGGGUACCAAGAUGUCAUUCUUCACGAAGUCCCAAAGAGUACCAUCGAACACGACAUACGUCUCUUCUUGGAGCAUAAACUUCGUGACAUACAACAGCAGCGCUUGCUUUCUCCUGAAUGGCCUAGAACAGACCAGAUCCAGGCUCUGGUGGAGCUGGCUGUACCUCUGUUCAUCUAUGCCGCUACAGUAUGUCGAUAUGUUGGCACCAAAGGAGGUGAUCCGGAAGAGCUUUUGAACAAGGUCUUGGAAUAUCGAAAACCGAACUUCUCACAGCUUGACCGAGCCUAUCUUCCGGUAUUAGACCAAUUGCUAGCAGAGCAGGAGGAAGACGACAAGGAACCAUGGCUUCAGGCAUUCCGAGAACUCGUCGGCAGUAUCGUUGUCCUAGAGAGUCCUCUCUUCAAUACAUCGCUUUCGUGCCUCCUUCAAAUCUCACAAAAGCAAAUAAGAUGCCGCUUAGAUUCCAUGCAUUCUGUUCUUAAUAUUCCGAACGAUGAGAACAUUCCUAUAAGAAUUUUACAUCUGUCUUUUCGCGAGUUUCUCGUCAACCCCCAGAAACGUGCAAAGAACCCGUUUUGGGUAGAUGAGAAAAGGAUUCACAUGGACCUUGCACGCCGUUGUCUUGAGCUGAUGUGUAGCUCAAACGGCCUCCGGCGGGACAUUUGCCAUUUGGUAAAACCAGGGGUAUUGAGAAACGAGGUCGACGAGAGGACGAUUGCCAGUGGUCUGCCACCCGAAUUGCAGUAUGCAUGCCGUUACUGGGUGCACCAUCUAGAGAAGAGCCAAAAUCAUAUUGAAGAUGGAGAUACGGUACAUUCCUUUCUCCAGACACAUUUCCUUUACUGGUUGGAAGCUAUGAGCCUCCUUGGCGAAGUGUACAGCUGUAUCCACUUCAUCGAUCGGCUCCAGGCGCUAGUGAAUUCGAACAAGAGUACCGUUCGAUUUUUUCUUCACGAUGCUCAGCGAUUUACACUCCGCUUUCAACAUAUACUCGAAAACGCUCCUUUACAAGUCUAUUCUUCCGCUCUGGUCUUCGCCCCGGAUACGAGUGUGAUACGUAAUAUAUUUCUUGACCACAUCAAGGAAUCGAUUGAAUUACUUUCGGACAGAGUAAACGAUUGGAAUGCCUGCCGCAGCACCCUCGAGGGUCACGCAAGAGAUGUUACCGCGGUCACUUUCUCUCCAGAUGGCCGGAUGGUAGUGUCUUCAUCCGCCGAUGGCACUAUACGGGUAUGGGAGGUAGCAACAGGACUAUGUCGCAUCACCCUUGACGAACAUACUUCUAGCGUUUUUAGUGUCGCCUUUUCCCCAGAUGGACAACUACUAGCAUCAGCAUCUCCAGACAAGACAAUACAGCUAUGGGAAACAACCACAUGGUCUCAUUAUGUUACCCUCCAGCAUUCUCACGAGGUGUUUGCUGUAGCCUUCUCGCCAGAACUCUUGCGGAACAACCAGCUCAUUGCGUCUGGAUCUUCUGAUGGGACAGUGAGAUUAUGGGAUACACCAAAGGACUUCCACUGCACAACAAAACUUGAGGGCCAUACAGACAGUGUGGUUGCUGUAGCAUUCUCGCCGGAUGGCCAGGUGAUAGCAUCUGGAUCUAGUGAUCACACAGUACGGAUAUGGGAUAGAGCAACAUUGUCGUGCCGAAUUACACUCAAAGGCCACUCUAGUUGGAUGACCGCAGUAGCCUUUUCACCAGACAGCAAAUUAGUUGCAUCAGCAUCUGGUGAUGGCAGAUUGGGCCUUACACAAUUAUAUCAAGGCAACGAUACAGAUCUCAGUUCUGAACCUAACAGUACUAUAAUUGGUGAUACAAAUAUCCGCACAUGGGAUGUAGGAUCGGGGUUGGAUCACAGCAUGAUACACGAAAUCAGGACCAUUGAAGACAUAGCUUUUUCACCAAACGGCCAGCUCAUUGCAGCUGCAAUUGACGAUAAUACAAUCCAGAUGUGGAACUCAGAUACGGGAUCGCGCAACAAGACGCUUGGAGAAUGUACCGGAAAAUCCACCGCCGUAUCGUUCUCUCCUGAUGGGCAACUAGUUGCGUCUGGCUCCCACAACGGAAUAGUACAGCUAUGGGAUCUUUCAACAGAUCCUAAUAAGAGCAUACCUGAGAGCAGACCAGGGCUAAUCGACUAUGUAGCUACUUCUCCCAAUGGCCAAUUAUUCGUGACAGGAGGUCCCGACAAACUACAGAUAUGGGACGCAGCAACAGGCUUCCACGCCAAAACUCUAGAUGUUCACUCUGGAGAACUUGGAAUCAAGUUUUCCCUGACCGGUCUGCUAUUGGCAGCUGUGGAUCAGAUGUGUAUACGACUAUGGGAUACGACGACAUGGUCAUGCUGUACGCUUGAGGGUUGUAGCUUCGUUAGCGACGUUAGUUUCUCACCAGACGGUCUGCUAUUAGCAUCAGGAUCGUCCGAUGGAGCAGUCAGACUAUGGAGUAUUGCGACGAGAUCCUGCUGUAGUAUCCUAGAAGGUCAUUCUGAGGAGAUCUUUACUGUUUCUUUUUCACCUGAUAACAAGCUAGUUGCAUCUGGCUCUGAUGACUGGACUGUGCGGCUAUGGAAUGUAUUGUCCGAGUCUUGCCUAACGCUUGAAGGUCAUACAGGUGCUAUAGUCGCUGUCGCCUUCUCACCGGACAUACGGUUGCUAGCAUCGGCCUCCCAAGAUCAGACAAUAAGUUUAUGGGAUACAGGAACUGGGUCCUGCCGAUACACACUUAAUGGUCAUUUUCAAGCGGUUACGGUUGUCGCCUUCUCACCUGACACCCAGCUGUUAGCAUCGGGCUCUUGGGAUAAAACGAUACGGCUAUGGGAUGUAACAACUGGAUUAUGCUGCUACGUGUAUGAAACUAUUCUCUGUCAGAUGGACAGCCUGGCAUUUUUACAAGGCGGCACGCAUUUGCAAACAGAAAGGGGGAUUGUUUCUAUCCCUACGCAUCUCCUGAGCAUUUCCCCGUCUCCGAGCAAACCGCCACUAGCCAUAUUCGUAAACGAUCAGUGGAUAUGCGUAGACGGAAGCCCUGUUGUUUGGCUUCCGCCUGAAUACCGACCAGUUUAUGUCGGAAUUUCUGGGAGCACUGUGUGUCUAGCAAGUCGCGGAGGUAAACUGACUUUUGUUCGGCUUCGUCAGGAUAGCGAAACUAAUACCUAGCGCUUAUGAACCAGUCUGGGGGCCGACAAGAUUGCAUCACUUCUAGUAUUUGGGCCGUUAGAAGUUCUGUAAAUGAAGCGCAGUUGUGACCAAAGACCGCUCUUGGGAUCUCUUUUUGUUCUACCUGUAUCUCUGAUGUCUGUUCUCACAAAAGUUGUAGUGUUUUAGGAAGGAUAUGAGGUACACAUAGCAAAGAUUGACUCUCAUUGUUGAGCCUUGUUUUAUUUUGUUUGUUUGAUUGACCUCAGCAAGGUCUUCGAUAUGUCAGCUUGAUUCCUUCUCUAUGCUUCUGUUUUUCGAGUUUUCUGGGAUUACGACAGUACAGUAAAAAGGCAAUUUUGUGUUCCACUCCUCCUUGUUUUGGACAGUGAUGGUAGAGCCAUCUCACCAAGAAAUGAAUAGGAGAUAAUGACAAAGCAACACGUAUUACACGUGAACAACAAGUCG